GAAAGUGCGGGGCCCCUUUGUCGUGGUGUACAUUCAUGCGGCUGGUCUCCCCCACCACCGCCAAUUCUUCCCACCACGCGGCCAACUCCCCUUCUAGUCUAGCGCGAGCCGCGUUUCGCCUCAGUCUGUCGCGCGCCACGAACGGUUCAAGUUAUAUGUUUCGUGUGUGUCACAAGCGGUGGUGGUUGCUUUACGUACGUGCGUGUGUGUUUCGACAGUGCGCGCGUGCGUGCAUACAUCGUGUGCCUUUUACGGUGUCACAGUGUAUACGUGCGUCUGAUACUAUCAUCGUGGUCUCUGCUUUCGAACGCUCGAACACAGCAACGGUGACAUCGAAGCAUGACAGCGACGCGGGAGUGUUACCCCAUACGCUUUUCACGCUUGAACGUCAGAACGUGGCUCGCGUGUCGACGGCCCAUCGAAGAGGAGCGAUUUCGACGAACACAUUUUUUCCUUCAGAACGUAUGCUCAGGCUGAUUGAAUUGAUGAACGACAGGAGAACGAGAGAAGAGGACGUCGUGGUCUCGAAGGAGGCAAUGACUUGGUUCUCUCUCGAUAGCCGGAGUCGGAGGAGUUAACGUGCGGCGUGCACGUUUCGAACUGAAGGGGGCCAGAAACGUGUACGAGGUCGGGCAAAAUCACGAGGCGAGGUUAACCUCCUCCGCCUUGCCGUGUCGUGUCCUCCCGUUUCAACCACGAAAACGAAACCAGCAGGGAGAAAAAAAAGAGGUGGAGCGAUACCGUGUGGCUCUCGUUGUGAAAGAGAGAAAACGAAAAGAAAAAGAAAAAAGGAAAAGUAAGAGUGACGGAAAAGGAAGAAAGAGAACGAAAGGGUAGAAUAAUAGGAUCGAAACGAGACAGAGCAAAGGGGGAGGGAAUGAACGGCCCUGGGAGUCAUCAGCAUCGCGGCUUGGGCAUGCAGGGACGUUAUAGGGCCGUAGUAACUGCUGGCACCCCGGCAGGGCCCCACUCUCGACCCCCAGCGCCCCCUCACGCCCGCGGUGGAUGGCACCCUCAUAAUCAGCACCCUCAACACGCCCAGAUACCUCAGCAAUACACCGGCAACAAGGAAUACCCGUAUCGACAAUGUCCACCACCACGCUUCCAUAACGGGGAUUGUCCUGGCGUCGGUACGUCUUCCGGGCCAAACGGCAAGGAAGUUUCGUAUCACGGGAACGUAGGCGGGUCUAGCGUGGGGUACAAACCGCCCCCGCAGCACAGUCCGCAAUCAAGAGGUCCACCGGCUCACUUUCCACAAGAGUCCGUGGGCCCACCGGCCAAUUCUCCACCGUUGCACAUUAACAUUUGCGGGCAAGAGAACGCAAUGCGUGGUCCAUUAUUGAACAUGAGUCCAGGUCUUGGAGCUAGCGGCGUCGAUAUGGAAUAUCGUAGAAGUUCUCAAGCGACAAACCAACUGCCUCUGAGUCCUGUACAAAUCCAGCCAUCGCCGCCAUAUUACAGACAGCCUAGUCAAGACGAUGGUAGAAAGAGUGAAUCUCCUUCGAGGAAGCGCCGUCGAAUAUCCCGAAACGGCGCCGUUUCUGGAAUAGAAGUUCGUGAAACUACGCCACCCUCGCCUACACCGUCAUUGCACACUACUCCGCCGCCAUGGGAGUUCUCAACGGCGCCCCAGAGGCGAUCACCUCGAAAUCACAUGUCGACACGCGGCAGUCCAACUAUCAGAAAUCGUUAUCAACGAUACACAGACUCGUUCGGCUUGUCUUACCCUUUCGUGCCCGGUCAUACCCCUCAUCCGCCCAUUCAUAACUCCCACCAUGGGAUUCAUAAUUCUCAUCACAACAUUUCGCACCAUAAUAUACAUAAUUCGCAUCAUAAUAUGCAUAACGCGCAUCAGACGCAUCCCCAUCAUCCACCUGGUACGGGACACCAUCCCGCGCAAGGAGCAAACGGCCCUGUGGUCAUGGACGUCGGGCAAGUCGGUGUUUCCGGUUUGGGGGUUGCCGUUAGCGGGGAACCACUCUGGCAUCCUCAGGCGACAGGUUACAGGAUCCCAUGCCAGCUGCACGGCAUAUACACACCGACCGGAGCACACGCGUUCGCACAUUCGUGUCAGGUUACCCACCAUCAUCAUAGUCACUAUUCAGCGGCUCAUCCGACCCACCCAGGCCUGGUCGGUACAAUAGUUGGCGCUGCAUCCAGAGGAUACCCAACACCAACCGGAGGUCCUGUAGCGGCUCUUCAUCACGCUCACGCGCCUCCUCCACCCGUCCAUACUACUCAUUACACUGCGCACCAUCAACUUUCCCAACAGCGAGAAGUUGAAUUAGAGUUAAUAGAGUCCCAUCAUCAUCAUAGAGUGGGAGCUACAGCCGGUGCCCCAUUACCAUUACCACACUCGUAUUCACCGCCAGCUCUAACUCAAGUUACCACUCCUACUCCUACUCCUAUAUUCUUAUCAGAAACGAGGAACAGUCAAUUGGAAAUGAUUCAAACCAGAACUCGGCGCACACCGUCCAACGUUCACACGCUCAGACGACCAAGGUCGAGUAGAUGGAGAGGUACGCCUCCGAUAGCACCGGCUACUUAUUCAGGAUUCCUGUUACACUUCUUUGCAAUGCUCAGCAAUCCACCAUUAUCUCCGUACAGUCAGGCGGAACUAUCCUCACCGGACUCAGCGACCGAAAAUUACGAAGCACUGCUCUCUUUGGCAGAGAGACUAGGAGAGGCUAAGCCACGAGGACUGACUCGGGCUGAAGUGGAGCAGUUACCCUCGUAUAAAUUCAACGCGGAAACACACCAAGGAGACCAAACCAACUGCGUGGUCUGCAUGUGCGACUUUGAAGCUCUGCAGUCACUGCGUGUUCUACCGUGCUCGCACGAAUUCCAUUCUAAAUGCAUCGACAAGUGGCUUAAAUCAAAUCGAACGUGUCCAAUAUGUCGCGGGGAUGCCGGAGAAUACUUUGGAAACAGCGGGACCGGUAGCGACUGACGCCAAGCCGCUCAAGUACACUAGCGCCAACUGUCACGGAUCUCAGGGACGCUACUCAGCACAGAGCUUCCAGCGAUCACGUUGCUGGUUUGUGCAAAUUUCUGUUGACAAGCAUUUCUCGCCUUUUCUCUGACCGAGUCGUUAGUAUGUCACGGUUCAUCACCUCGAUUUUGCGAAGAGGAGAGGAUUGGGAAUGAAUGAAACACGGAAAACAAAAAAAA